AUGGAUAUCGCACCCGUCAACCACCCACAGCCUUGUGGGACAGCUUACGAAGUGAAAGUCGUGCGGGAUGCUGACCCUAUCGCAAGAGCGGGAAUGUCUUGUGGUCUACAGGCACUGGUGCCCGAGCAGGCAUGGCUUUGGAGAGCGGAGAAGCGGAAACAUCCCUGUAAUGCUCAUCGUGGACAAGAGGGCCCCCAGAGUGGCAGUGGAAGUGCUAUGUGGUAA